CAACCGCCUCACUGAGAGUCUCAUCCACUCUAAAGGAGCCUCUAAACUUAGAGACGACCAGCAAACCGGAGGGACAAACGACUGAGAGAGGGAAUACCUAAAGGACUCCCACAAAGACAUCAUUUUCUUAAAAGGAUUCUUCUUUACGCAUAACUUGUCCAAGAUGCUGAUGUCUACUUUUGUCAUUGUCUUCCUAGGAAGCCUCCACCUGGUGCUCUCCUCCUCCUGCCCCUCCAUGUGUCAGUGUCCCCUGGAGAUGACGAAGUGCGCACCUGGUGUGAGUGUGGUCCUGGAUGGCUGUGGCUGCUGUAAAGUUUGCGCAAGACAGCUGAACGAGGACUGCAGCCUGACCGAGCCCUGCGACCACACCAAAGGGCUGGAGUGCAACUUUGGGGCCAGCUUGGCUGCUACAACCCGAGGAAUCUGCCGUGCCAAGUUAGAAGGCAGACCCUGUGAGUACAACAGCAGGAUUUAUCAGAAUGGAGAAAGCUUCCAGCCCAACUGUAAACACCAGUGCACAUGCAUCGAUGGAGCAGUGGGCUGUGUCCCGCUGUGCCCGCAGGAGCUCUCCCUGCCCAACCUGGGCUGUGCCAACCCCAGACUGGUCAAAGUAGCUGGCCAGUGCUGUGAGGAGUGGGUGUGUGAUGAUGGCAAGGAGACAGACAUCUUAGAGAAGAUCUUUGGCAAAGACAAAGUGGGUGAUGAGCAGGAAAAAGACCUCACCAAGAAGAAUGAGCUCAUUGCAAUUUUCAAGGGAGGACUCAAAUCCCUACCUGCAUUCAGACCACAACCUGAAUUCCACAUGUUUGACAGCCAGAAGUGCAUCAUACAAACCACACCUUGGUCCCCCUGCUCCAAGAGCUGUGGAACUGGCAUAUCCACCAGAAUUACCAACAAUAACAGCGAGUGCAAGCUGGUUAGAGAGACCCGAAUCUGCGAAGUGAGGCCUUGCACCCAAUCACCUUACUACAGCCUCAAGAAAGGAAAGAAGUGCAGCAGAACCAAGAAGUCCAGCCAGCCACUGAAGUUCACCUAUGCCGGCUGCUCCAGCCUGAAGAAGUACCGACCCAGGUACUGUGGAUCUUGCGUAGAUGGCCGCUGCUGCAGCCCCCAUGACACCAAAACCAUCCGCGUAAAGUUCCGUUGUGAUGAUGGCGAGACCUUUCACAAGAACAUCAUGAUGAUCGAGUCCUGCAAGUGCACCUACAACUGUCCACAUGCCAACGAAGCCUCAUACCCCACCUACCGCCUCUCCAAUGACAUCCACAAGUUCAGAGACUGAUGGGUGAUGAGCACCUGAACCCCUCAGAGAGACAAAGAUCAGUAGCAUCACUGGCAGCCAAUGGCAGUCUAAAUGAAUGCAGGGGUGUACAUAAACUACCAUCUUCUUGUUGUAACUAGAUUCCCAAGGAAUUGUGGGCUUACAUCAUGAGGACUCAAUGAAGUGCACUGUUUGCUGUGACUACAUCAGCAUUCUUUAUCUAAACCGCUUCAUAUUAAUGGAGCAUUUAAAGUAGCUUCGUCAUGGAGCCAGAUGUAAUUAAUAUUUGUACAUUAACGCUAGUUGCCGAUACCAAUUCACUAUGUAUAUUUUGAUCCUUUAUUUUGACAUGACCCAGACUGUAGACAUGUGUGCACCUACACAAUUUCAGUUAGCAUAUCAUAUCUUAAGAACAAGACAACAAAAUGUAACCCCUCAACUUGUUUAACAAGUGCGUGGUUUCAUUCCUUCCUGACAUGGGCAUUAUUGUUCAUGUUUUGUGGCAGCUAUUGACAUCCCUUCAUAAAAAA